AAGCACACACACACACACACAGAGACAGCAGCGUGCGCGUGCGAGCGAGUAGCAGCCAGCCGCGCAGGCGCGUGGAGCCUCGAGCCACCAUCUACCGGGCCAACAUGGAGAGAAAAGUUCUCGCCCUCCAGGCCAGGAAGAAAAGGGGCAAAGCCAAGAAAGCAACUAAGAAGCCAGCUCAUCAACCGAGAGGAGCAUCGCAGCAGCAGCAGCAACAACAACAACAACAACAGCAACAGCAACAGCAGCUCCCUGCAGAACCGCAGCAGCAGGAGCCUGAUGAAGAGAUUCUAGGCUCUGAUGAUGAGGAGCAGGAAGAUCCCAAUGACUACUGCAAAGGUGGCUACCACCAUGUGAAAAUAGGAGACCUGUAUAAUGGGAAGUAUCAUGUGAUCCGUAAGCUGGGCUGGGGCCAUUUUUCCACAGUGUGGCUUGCCUGGGACAUUCAAGGAAAGCGAUUUGUGGCAAUGAAAGUGGUAAAGAGUGCAGAGCACUACACAGAGACAGCCCUGGAUGAGAUAAAGCUGCUGAGAUCUGUAAGAAACACUGACCCCGAUGAUCCAAACAGAGAGAUGGUAGUUCAGCUGUUGGAUGAUUUCAAAAUAUCUGGCGUCAAUGGAACGCAUGUGUGCAUGGUAUUUGAAGUGUUGGGACAUCAUUUACUCAAAUGGAUUAUCAAGUCUAACUAUCAAGGUUUACCCCUACCUUGUGUCAAAAGCAUCAUUCGGCAGGUUUUGCAGGGCCUCGAUUACUUGCACACAAAGUGUAAGAUUAUCCACACGGACAUAAAGCCAGAGAACAUACUGAUGAGUGUGGAUGAGUCAUAUGUGAGAAGACUGGCAGCUGAAGCCACAGAAUGGCAGAAAGCCGGCGCCCCCCCUCCGUCUGGAUCUGCAGUGAGUACAGCACGAGUUCCUAAACAGGCAUCCAAAAUGUCAAAGAACAAAAAGAAGAAGUUGAAAAAGAAGCAGAAGCGUCAGGCAGAGCUGCUGGAGAAAUGCAUUCAGGACCUAGAAGAAAUGGAGAAUGGGACUGAGGUUGCCGAAGAGGACGAAGAUGACCCACAGUCUCCUAAGUCACCUGUUUGUGCGCCUCUUAGACAAGCCUCUAUGCAGGAUAUUGGUGAUGAGGAAGUAAUAGGACAGUCUUUAAUGGCUAACCCCAGAGAGCGCCUCACUUCUGGUGCCUCAGAUGAACUCAACUGUAAUGGCCACCUGCCUGGGAGCCAAGUCCUACCUGAGGAAGAAUUAGAUGAAAUCAAGCAACAAAUGCAGCUGAAGCAGGAAGACCAGCACAAUGCUAAUGCAGGACCUUCAUGGGACAUACCCCAGAGCCCUUAUGAGUAUUGUAACGGGCUGUAUUCUCCUGAUGCUGAUCAGAGUCACAGCAAUGGAGACGUGAGGGAAGAGGAAGAAGAUUACAAACUGCAGGGAAGACCAGUGCCUGCCAGAGAUAAGCAGUCCACACCACAGAAUGCCAAGAUGACAGCGGGGAGCCUUCUAAUCAAUCCCUUGGAACCACUAAAUUCAGACAAGAUCAAGGUUAAGAUCGCUGACUUGGGCAAUGCAUGCUGGGUGCACAAACACUUCACUGAGGACAUACAGACAAGGCAGUAUCGUUCCCUGGAGGUGCUGAUUGGUUCAGGUUACAGUACACCAGCUGAUAUAUGGAGCACUGCUUGUAUGGCGUUUGAACUGGCCACUGGAGACUACUUGUUUGAACCCCACUCAGGUGAAGAUUACUCCAGAGAUGAAGACCACAUUGCUUUGAUCAUUGAGCUGUUGGGGAUGAUCCCGCGCAAACUCAUAAUUGCGGGAAAGUACUCCAAGGACUUUUUCACCAAGAAAGGUGACCUGAAGCAUAUCACCAAGCUGAAGCCGUGGGGUCUGCUGGAGGUGCUGUUGGAUAAAUAUGAGUGGUCUCAAGAGGACGCUGAGACCUUUGCGGACUUCCUGCUUCCCAUGCUUGAACUCAUCCCUGAGAAACGAGCCACGGCAGCCGAAUGCCUGCGCCAUCCAUGGCUUGCCCUCUAGUGGCUCAUUUAACUUACUGCAGCCCCAUUUUCCUCCACUUCCACAUGAGAGACUGCAACAUAUCACUUUCCAGUUUGAGUGCAUACCAGAAUAGUACUUGUAAUUAUUUGUUUGUGUGUGUUUUCUUGUAUGUUUCACCUGAGAAAUGCGUUAUUAUCCUGGUGUUUUUUAUGUCUUGAGACUUAUUUCCUGAGGCAAUGUUUAUCCUCAAGCUCUACCCCCCCCCCCCCCCCCCCCUAAAUUUGCACAACAGUUUUAGGGAACAUCUCUUGUAUUAUUCUAGCUGUGUGAUACAUCCUAAAAGAUCAGAUUUCUGUAUUUUGAUAGGCUUUAACUGACCAUGGGGUUGUUGUAAGGGCACAUAUUGUGAGUCACUUUUGUUACAUGUUUCCUAGUUUUGGGAGUGCGCACACCAGAUAUUGAAAAGGAACCAUUAGGUUUACAUCAUAAUUGUAAAAAAAAUGCAUUUAAAUGAAUUGUAGUUUAUUUUAGGAAAUGCCAUACCACUGUGUAAUUUUGUCUCUAAAAGUGUCAGUUAUUUUCUGUUUGUCGUGUCACUUUUGGUCAAAUCUGAGUACACUUGGAGGGUUGCUUUCUCGCUUUCUAUGCUUCCAAGAAAAUGAGUAGCUGUUAAACACCACCGAAAAGAUAGUUGUGGAAAGUAUGUGUUUGAGUGUGAGGGAGAGAGACUGACUGACUGAGUGGGUGAGUGUGUGCGCAUGUGUGUGUUUGUCUUGUUAGUGUAUAUAUGUGUACCAAAGACUUUGCCUUGAUCUGUAUAUUACAGCCAUGUACAGUUUUUAAAGAAAUCGUACUAUUAAUAACUAAGAUUAUUUAGCUGGACAGUAAUGUUUUAAUAAAAUAUUUGGAAGAGGGAUGAAAUUUGAUUUCUUUCU